GCGGACAAAUCCAAAAUUUCAGUUUGCGCGUUUAAUUUCUUUUCGGUCCAGAAAUAACCGAACAUAAAGUGGUCCUUCGAGCCGGAUUUGCAGUCCACAAAUGUAGCAGCGCACUUUUCCGUCCGGUCAAUAAAAGAACGUAUACGCAAGGUGAAAGAACUUCGUUUGUGCAUCAACUGUCUGAGCAAUAAGCAUUUUUUGGCGGACUGCCCUAGCUCCUCUUGUCGUCGAUGCUCAGACAGACAUCACACAUUGCUGCACCUUGAAUUCUCCCAACCGAAACCCGAUAUGAAAUAUGAUUCCAACUCUCGUGGUCGCGAUAAUCAGCCGAAACCUCCUAAUCCUGAUGGUCAAAAUUACCGGUCUGCCCCAACCUCGUCUGGUCAAACAAAUCGUUCAGUUCAGAGUACCCAGAACUCGUCGUCCAACCCCUCAUUGACUCAUGCAACCGUGACAUCCAAACAGGUUUUGCUUUACACUGCAACCGUCGUGAUUGAAAAUUCUUACGGCGAACGGUUUGACUGUCGUGCCUUGUUAGAUGGUGCAUCUAUGGCCAACAUCAUCACUAAAGACUGCGCCAAAAAGCUGAGCUUGAAGUCUAGAUCAACUAACAUGGAACUAAGUGGAGUGUGUCACCAACAUUCAAAAAUUCGUCGUAUUGUGCGAGCCUUUGUUAUGUCCAGACACUGUGACUACGCAAGAUUUAUCGAGUUCCUUGAAGCAGACAACGUCACUGCGAAUCUUCCUCUACAACCCUUUGAAACGUCUUCUUGGAAAUUACCUGACGAUGUUAUUCCCUCUGACCCCUCUUUCAACAUACCAGGGCGAAUCGACAUGCUUCUCGGUAUGGAAUUGUACUGGGAAAUAUUUCCUGGAAGGCAAGAGUUUAUGGAUGGAAAAUUUUCGUUCCGUGAAACCAAGUUCGGCUGGGUAGUUGGUGGAAUAAUUGAGCGACAGGGCGAGUUUACCGAAACUGAUGAUUGUUUCUGCAACGUUAUGACAAAUGAAGAGUUGCAUGAGAAACUUAAAAGAUUUUGGGAAGUUGAGGAACUCCAACCAUCAGAAUCAGUCUCUGAGGAAGCAUUAGCCGAAACUCAUUUUUGUGACACGGUCGAAAGAACAGCUGAUGGUACAUAUAUAACUAGACUACCGUUUCGAAAGGGAGCUACAUUGGGCAAUUCUUUAAAUCUUGCUCACCAAAGAUUUCUUGCUAUGGAAUAUCGCUUACUCAAGAAUCCCACAUUGUAUGAUGACUACAAAGCGUUUAUGGCCGAAUAUUUAUCCAUGGGCCAUAUGAUAAAAAUCGGAACUAUCGAUACAGUGGUUGACGGUCCAGACCAGUACUUCCUUCCCCACCACCCUGUCCUCCGACCAUCUAGUAGCACCACCAAAUUACGUGUCGUUUUCAAUGCGUCCUCAAAAACUUCGAACGGUCAGUCCCUGAACGAUAAUCUUUUGGUCGGCCCAACCAUUCAACAGAAUUCGGCAGAUAUUAUUUUGAGGUUUCGAAAACAUCGAGUCGCUAUGUCAGCUGAUAUUUCAAAAAUGUACCGAAUGAUAAAGAUGCACCAAGAUGAUCAACGGUUCCAAAAAAUUCUGUGGCGAUCUAGUCCUGAUAGUGAAAUAUCUGUGUAUCAGUUGACAACCCUCACGUACGGCACGGCCUGUGCUCCCUUCAGCGCUACUAGAUGUCUUCUACAACUCUGCCAAGACGAGAAAGAUCGUUUUCCUUAUGCUGCGGCUCGUGGUACUACUGACUUCUACAUGGACGAUGCAUUGACCGGUGCGGACAGCACUGACGAAGCAAGGACUCUACAAACUGAACUCAUCGAAAUGUGUUGUUCCGGAGGGAUGGUUCUGCAUAAAUGGUGCUCCAACGAUAGCAAAAUCCUGGAUGCUGUUCCCAGCGAGAAUCAAGAACAAAAGACUUGCGGAUGUACGAAGCGUGAAAUUCUGUCAGACGUGGCAAAGCUGUAUGACCCGAUCGGACUGAUCGGUCCUGUGAUUCUGACAGCCAAGUUGAUUGUUCAGGAGGCAUGGAAAAGCGGAUAUGGCUGGGACGACGUUGUAGACGAAGGGUUGAAAAACAAGUGGCUAAAAUUUCGCUCUCAAAUUCAACUAGUAGACCAAAUCAAAGUCCCGAGGUGUGUGCUCCCUAAUAACCAAUUAAAGUCCAUUGAACUACAUGGCUUCUCCGACGCUUCGAAAUCGGGCUACGGAGCCUGCGCGUAUGUAAGAUCGGUCGAUUGCGAAGAUAAAGUGUCGGUUCAGCUCCUUUGCUCAAAAUCGCGUAUAGCUCCAAUUCGUAAAACAGAGGAGGAACAGUUAACUAUUCCAAGACUCGAGUUAUGCGGCGCUCAUGUUUUAGCUCAAAUCAUUGAAAAUGUGAAACGAUCUUUUGAAAUUACCUUUGACCAAAUAAUUCUUUGGAGUGAUUCCAUGGUAGUAUUAACUUGGAUCCAAACACCAUCUACUAAGCUCAAAACAUAUAUUUCUAACCGAGUAGAUUACAUCCAAAAAACGACCAGUCCAGCUUUGUGGCAGCACAUUGGCACGAAGGAGAACCCAGCCGAUGCCCUGUCACGAGGACUCAUGCCGAACGAGAUUGUCGACUUCGAUAAAUGGUGGCACGGGCCGUGCUUCCUGCAGAACAUCGAGGCUACAUGGUUAUCUGACGACAAGCCAAACAUCGAAAUCGAGGACAUCCCAGAACUGAAGGCAUUGGUGAGCGUGGUCAACGAGCGGUUCAGCAUCUUCGAAAAUAUUGGCAGCUUCGAAUCGAUGCUACGCACGAUGGUCCAGAUGCUGCGAUUCAUCAGAAAAAAGCCGAAACAACCCUGCACGUUUCGGACGAAUGUGUAUCACGUGCUGGAACUCAACGAUGCUUUGGUGAAAUUGGUGAAGCUAGUCCAAGAAGAAGUUUUCUCUGACGUCAUCGAAAAACUUCGCAACGGCAAGUCAAUUCCCCGAGACAGUCAUCUGCUAACUCUCGGACCAUAUCUCGACGACGACGGUGUGAUGCGAGUUCGUGGACGACUUCAAAAGGCGCAGAUUCCCGAGGACAUGAAGAACCAAAUGAUCCUCCCUGCAGACCAUCCGUUCACAGUAGCAUUGAUACGGUCGUAUCACACCAAGUACCUCCACGCAGGACCUCGUCUUACCAUCGAAGCUCUACGCCAAAAGUUCUGGAUUGUACGAGGACAAAACAUAGUGAAGAAGGUGAUUCGCCAAUGUACCAAGUGCUUCAGACGAAACCCGAAAAUUUUGAGUCAACCUGUUGGCGAGCUUCCUGUCUGUCGAGUCGAGCAAAAUUAUCCUUUCUACAACACCGGAGUAGACUUUGCUGGGCCUGUGAGUUUACAGCAACGAAACCGAAGAUCGACGGUCACGUACAAGGGCUACAUCGCUGUGUUUAUUUGCAUGGCGACUCGGGCGAUCCAUUUGGAGCUGGUCGGGGACCUGACAUCCGAGGCGUUUAUUGGGGCUCUCCAAAGAUUUGUCGGACGACGAGGUAAUUGUGCUCAUAUAUAUUCAGAUAACGGUCGGAAUUUUUUAGGGGCGAAGCGAAUCCUCGCAGAGCUGCGAAAGUUGUUUUGCGACGAACAGCACCAACAAUCCCUGGUCAACUACUGCUGCGAAGAGUUCAUCUCUUGGCACUUCCAGCCACCUUACUCUCCUAACUUUGGUGGCAGCUGGGAGUCUGGUGUAAAAUCUAUGAAAACGCACCUACGAGCAGUGUUGGGCAACGCAGUGCUAACCUACGAAGAGAUGUCGACGGUGCUGGCGCGGAUCGAGGGGGCCCUCAACUCGCGCCCAUUGUGUCCUCAAUCAACCGAUCCGGGUGACCUGACCGUUCUCACCCCGGGUCAUUUCCUGAUCUUCCGACCAUUGAAAGACCUACCAGAGCCCGAUUUCCAGAAGACGAAGACAUCCCUGAUGAAAAGGUGGCAACACGUGUCGAGACUGGUUCGACACUUCUGGCAACGAUGGCACAUCAACUACUUGACCCAACUGCAGAACCGAACCAAACUUGAUCAAGCGAAGAACAUCGAACCUGGACAGGUGGUCGUGGUGCGCGACGAGAAUCUACCACCCCAAAGGUGGAUCCUAGGCCGAAUAGUCGAAACCUUCCCAGGACCGGACGGUAUAGUACGAGUCGCUGACAUCCGGACCCAAGACGGCAUAAUUCGACGAUCGAUUUCGAGAUUGUGUAUGUUGCCAAUCCAGGACAAUUUGGUGACACUACACACAACCAUCAAGACUGGGUCCCAGAACGUUUGAUUUUUUGGAAGGUUGCCUCCUUCCACCCUGGGGAGUAUGUUGAGGCAUUUACGGACGACCAAAUUAUAGCGAACCGAAAUCAUCACUUGACAGCGGUACCGUGCGUAUCGAACCGACAACACCAACACAUACGCACCCGCGUAUGGAAUG